CCCAGCUCUCCCUUUUUUUUUUCUUUUUCUUUUUCCUUUUUUUUAUUUUCUCUCUUUCUUCUCUCCUUUAUUUUAGAAAGAAUGAUGACCGAAGAUAAUAAUAGUGUCAUUAUUGAUACACCAGAAGCAGUAGUAGUAAAGAGUGAGAGCAAGAAUAGCGAUAGUUUUAUUAUGGAUAAGGAUACAGUUAUAACACAUGGAUCAGCUAUCACAGUGCGUUCACAGAGUUCUUCUUCGCUUGCAGAUAAUUAUUCUGACGAUGCAGAAAGUAGUCAUGAUUCCAUCGACACGAUUGCUACUAAUGAAAUCGAAAAGGAUGUGAUCGAGACUGGUAUCAGUCAAGGGAGACGACGUCGUGCUUUAACUGUAACACAAAACCCUCGAGUAAAUUUAGACAGUGCGACAGCAGACAUUGGAGAUCAUAUUCAAGAGUUACAACAAUCUACUUCGUUGAUAGGUGAUCAAGAGGAUUCAGACUCAGAUCAGUCUCAUUAUGAGGAUGAUGAUACUAGUGUGAGAAAGCAUAAAAGACAUGAAAGUCAUCGUUCUACCAUGUCCUCCAUUCAUUCAUUUGUUUCAAGUGCUUCCAACUAUGAUUUAUUACUAGCUCGAUUAGGUUCUAAAGAUGCCUCUGUCACUCCAAAGGAAGAUACAGGACCACCACAAGAAAUUAGAACUUCGUUUGAAAGGGUUUAUAACGAAGCAGUGUGUAAAGGAGAAGAAGAGGACAUUGAUUGGGAAUUUUGGUCAAAAGUAAUUUCGGACUUUAAUGGGGUCGCAAAGUCAGAACCUAAAAUAUUGUCGUACCAUAUUCAAAGAGGAAUCCCACCUUCACUUCGUGGUAUGAUUUGGCAAUUAUUUGGAAAGAGCAAAAAUGUGAAACUCGAAGAACAAUACAUGCAAUUACUAAAAGAAGAAUCCGUCUAUGAAAAGGCAAUUGCACGCGAUUUACCAAGAGCUUCCUUCAUUUCCCAUGAAUAUUUUCAGCUUCAGGAUGGUCAAGAAGCCUUGUUUAACGUCGUAAAAGCUUAUUCGCUGUACGAUACUGAAGUAGGCUAUAGUCAAAGUUUGUUGCAUAUCACAGGUCCUUUACUUUUGAACAUGCCUGAAGAAGAAGCAUUUUGUGUGCUUGUACAAUUAAUGAACAAGUACAAUCUCAGAGGACACUUUUUACCUCAAUCAGACUUAAUUUCUCAGCGCUUAUACCAAUUGGAAGGUUUGGUGGCGGAUAAUUUACCUCAUAUUCAAAGACAUUUUGAAGCACAUGGUGUUCGAUCCAACAUGUAUGCAUACCAAUGGUUCAGUACCUUAUUUGCUUAUCGAUUCCCCCUAGAUACCGUCUUUCGCAUUUAUGACAUGAUAUUUGCUGAAGGAAUCGAAACAUUGCUUCGUUUUUCCUUGGCUCUAUUAGAUCGAAAUCAGGCAACUAUCCUUAGUCUUGAAUUCGACGAUUUGGUUAGCUAUCUUAAAAACGAUUUACUCGAUGUUUACAAGAGUAACUCUAAUCAACUUGUCAAAGAUGCUUUUCAAAUACAUAUCGUAUCCAAGCGGUUGGAUCGAUUAGCCAAGGACUUCCUUGUCGAAUCAGCACGUGCUAAUAAUGAAGCAGAAGCUAUUGAGGCACUGAAACGACAAAACAAGGCACUGGCUGAUUCUAUAAAACAAAUGGAUUCUAACUAUAGUGAACUUAACAAGGAGCAUACACAAGUAGCUACAGAGCUGAUCACAGCCAAAAUGGAUAUUGCACGUAUACAUGAUGAAAACGAAGCUCUGCAUCAACAAUCCAACGACUUGAAAAAGGCUUUAGAGACCUUACCCGGAGAGGUUGAAACUAGAGUAAAGGAAGAAAUGGAAAUUUUAUACACUAAAAAUGCUGCACUCGUUGAAAGAAAUUCUGCUCUUGAAGAUCAGCUGGCUUAUAUGGAAAACAUGAUUAUCGAGAUAAAAAUCAAGUACGCUGAAAGUGAAAACGAAAGAGAAGGGUUACGUCAAAGACUAACUGACCUUAAACGUUUAAUGGGCUAAAAAAAAAAAAGUCAAUAACGUCAAGCUAAAGUCGUUGGAUAUUAGCCUUUGAAGAUAGUGUUUUAAAAAAAAAAGAAGAAAAAGAUACCCCCAAGUCAUAUAAACAUACAGUAAAAUAAAAAUGGUUUUUUAUUGUAAAA